GGUGACGGGCUGAGUCACUCCGCCGCUGCCUCCCUCUCUCGCUCGCCCGCCCGCCGGCCGACCGAGCUCGUGUCCUCGCCCAGCUGCCGGGUCCAGCUGCCCCUCUCCGCUCCGCCCGCCGCCGAGAUGCCUCUGGAGAACCUGGAGGAGGAGGGCCUCCCCAAGAACCCCGACCUCCGCAUCGCCCAGCUGCGCUUCCUCCUCAGCCUCCAGCCCAAGCGCCCCGACCCGGCCGUGCGCCAGGAGCUCAUGGCCGCCAUCCGCGAGCACGGUGAGGGAGGGGAGGUCGCCUCGCCUGGGCUCUUGCUCUGAGGAGUCAGGGGUCUGUUACCCCGCCUUUUCCUUGACGGGGGCUCAAGGCGGCUCACAGAUCAGGGGAAAAAAGGGCAGCUUAAAGACAUGCGGGGGUGGGGGUGGGGAACAACAUUUUAAAAGCCAUUAAACUUUAAUUGUCGUCCUGGGAAUGACUGGGGUAGAAAUUCCCUAAACGGUAUAGGAAUUUAUUCAUGUAUAUAACUACCGCGGCAAGAAUGUCAUUUGCCCCAAGAAUGGAAAGGAAAGGAGGAGUCCCGACAAAAGGAAGAUUAGAUACAAAAGCUCACUGACUAUGCAGAAAUGGCGAGCGGAACUUACUGGGAAAAUAAGAAAUCGAGACAAGAAGCUUUUUAAAAAAUAAAAGAAUGGAAAUGGUUUGUUGGAUAAAUUGUAAGCAGAUAAGGAUGUUGGCAGGAUCAUUGUAAUAACCUGCGGUUUCACAAGAGUCAAUAAAUAAAGUAGAUGAAUGAAAUAGUAAGUUGAUUUAGAAUUUGCAGCAAAUGAUAAAUAAAAAUUUAAGGAACCGCAGAAAAAGUAGGAAGGAAGUCAGGUUCUGAAAUGUUAAAAUGGCUGUAAAACUAUUGAAAUGUGUAUAACUGAAAAUCACUUGUUGUUGUCAUUUAUAGUAUGUACAUCUUCAGGGAGUGUUUCACAAUCUUUAGCCAUACUGGGGACUGUGAAUAAAAUAUUCCAGUAGCAUUUAGGUUCCACUAUGACCUCCAUUGUGUAAGAACACAUCAUUUUAGAGAUCUUGUGUUUGGAAGAUAGCAGCUCCUUUAGGAAAGGGGUGGGCACUGCUAGUAGAUCUCUGGGUGAUGUGCAGUACACCUGUAAGGGUUUCUGACUCCCAUUUGUUGAACAAUGGCAACAGCAGAAUGACAUGCUCUCCAAUAUCCUGGAAGUGCUCUGGUACUCAAAGCAAAUCUUGGGAUCAGUAGACUUUGAUAAUGUAUGUCUUUAGAAUCUCUCUCUCUGGUUAAUUUGGGGGUUCUAGUAAAAAAAUAAACAAACAUAGAUUCUGCAAGCCUGAAAUCUCCCCACUGCUGCACUAGGUCAGGCAAAUAGGCAGUUGUUGCAAUUGUAUGGAUUUUCUUUCAAAUCUGGAUUCAAAAUGAAUAAAAUUUUUGGCAUGUGCCUUUACUUUACCUAGUUCUGCUGGAUCUCUCAGCGGCUUUUGAUACUACCGAUCAUGACCUUCUGGACCGUCUAGAGGAGCUGGGGGCACUGUUAUACAGUGGUUCUGCUCCUUUCUCCUGGGCCGUGUCCAGAAAGUGGUGUUGGCGGAUGAGUGUUCAGACCCCUGGGCUCUCACUUGUGGGGUGCCUCAGGGUUCCGUCCUCUCCCCCAUGCUUUUUAAUAUCUAUAUGAAGCUUCUGGGAGAGAUUGGGGGUUUGGGCUGGGUGUUCAUCAGUAUGCUGAUGAUACCCAGCUCUACCUCUCUUUCAAAUCAGAACCAGUGAAGGUCCUGUGUAAGUGCCUGGAGGCCUGGAGGAGGGAUGAUGGCUAACAGAUUGAGGUUGAAUCCUGAAAAGACGGAAGUACUGUUUUGGGGGGGACAGGGGGCAGACAGGUGUGGGGGACUCUCUGGUCCUGAAUGUUCCCCUGAAGGAGCAGGUACACAGCCUGGGAGUCAUUUGGGACUCACAGCUGUCCGUGGAGGCGCAGGUCAAUUCUGUGUCCAGGGCAGCUGUCUACCAGCUCCAUCUGGUACGCAGGCUGAGACCCUACCUGCAUGCAGACUGUCUCACCAGAGUGGUGCAUGCUCUGGUUAUCUCCCGCUUGGACUACUGCAAUGCGCUCUAUGUGGGGCUACCUUUGAAGGUGACCCGGAAACUGUAACUAAUCCAGCAUGUGGCAGCUAGAUUGGUGACUAGGAGUGGCUGCCGAGACCAUAAAACAGCGGUCCUGAAAGACCUACAUUGGCUCCCAGUACGUUUCCGAGCACAAUUCACAGUGUUGGUGCUACCUUUAAGGCCCUAAACUGCCUCGGCCCAGUAUACCUGAAGGAGCAUCUCCAUCCCCAUCAUUCAGCCUGCACACCGAGGUCCAGUGCCGAGGGCCUUCUGGUGGUUCCCUCGCUGUGAGAAGGGAGGUUACAGGGAACCAGGCAGAGGGCCUUCUCAGUUGUGGCGCCCGCCCUGUGAAACGCCCUCCCAUCAGAUGUCAAGGAAAUAACUAUCCGACUUUUAAAGGACAACUGAAGGUGCCCCUGUUUAGGGAAAUUUUUAAUGUUUGAUGUUUUUAAUAUUUCGUUGGAAGCCGCCCAGAGUGGCUGGAGAAACCCAGCCAGAUGGGUGGGGUAGAAAUAAUAAUAAUAAUAAAUAAUAAUAAUAAUAAUAAUAAUAAUAAUCAAGCACACGUUAUGAAGACGUGGCCUAAUCAGCUCAAUGUGGUACUCUUGGAUGGAUCCAGAGAUAGUGGAUUGCAGGGAGCCAUUUAAGAUUUCAGUGUAGGAGUGUGCCGUUAUUGAAUGCACUCUCACUUUUAAAAAGCAUACACUAUGAUUUUCCUGGUUUUAUCCUCGCAAAAACGCCACGAGGCAGGUUGGGCUGAGAAUGAGCUGGUCCAAGGUUGCAUUUUUUGCCUGAGUGAGGAUUUGAAUUCAGGCCUCUCCAGUCUCAGACCAAACACUUCUAAUCACUGCCUCAUGCUGGUUUUCUGCUUAUGUGAGGGGACAAAGCAAUGUUAAUUUCUUCUGAACUUUUUGCUGUUGUGAUCUUCUAAGAUAUGAUUUUAGCAGGGCUAAUUGUUCAAAUGGUUGUGUUGUCGUCCACAGACAUGGCCCCGUAUUACGAAUCCCUCUGCAAGUCACUUGAUUGGCAGGUAGAUACAGAUCUCUUGAAUAAGAUGAAGAAGGCAAAUGAGGAGGAGUUGAAACGCCUUGAUGAGCAGCUGGAAGAUGCAGAGAAGAACUUGGGGGAAAGUGAAAUCCGUGAUGCCAUGAUGGCCAAAGCUGAAUAUCUCUGCCGAAUCGGGGACAAGGUAUUUAUUUUUUUACAUAAAGUAAAAUGAGUGUAAAGCGCUUUCUGGGCAUUUGCCUCCACACAUUCUCAGAACAUGGGGUGGGAGGGAGGCGUAAGUGGGCAUGCGUUGGCCCUGCCAUUCUCAUUGACUUUUGUGCAUUGAGCAGGGUGAUUUGAAGAGGAUCUCUUUGUGUGCUCUGUGAUCAGGAACCCUGUGUGAUCAGAGUUCUCAGCUGUGUGGAGGAUUCUGAGCGCAUUCAAUUGCAUGCAUGGAGUUCCCCUUAAUGUGAGAAGGCCUGAAGUUGUAGCCAGAGAAAUAUUGGGAGUGGGGUCAGUGAGCACAGCCCCACUUCUGCUUCCAUUAGUUCUCAGAUUGUGGUUUUGCUUCUCCCCGGAAAGCUGCAUGAAUAUGCUGCUCAUUUGUGGUAAACCAUGGUUUGCCAGAAACUGUGGCUUAUUGUUACAUGUCAAUGCACUCCUUAUCUCUGUUAUUUGUUAGCUGAAAGGGUCGUGCUCCUCAUACAUAUCUGCUUUCCUUCAAUCAGUGGGGGAAUGUAGUGCAGAGCCUUGGGUGGUACAUGGGGGCAGGGGAUACCUGUUAGCAAAUUACAGAUCUGUUCUCCAGAGCGUCAAAUCUGCGGCAUCUAACUUAAGCAAAUGCUGUCUUGUCAGGAAGCUGCUCUGACUGCCUUUCGGAAGACAUAUGACAAAACUGUGGCUCUAGGACAUCGGCUGGAUAUUGUGUUCUAUCUCCUCCGAAUUGGCCUGUUUUAUAUGGACAAUGACCUCAUCACCCGGAACACUGAAAAAGCAAAAAGGUACCAUUUCUGUUGUUGCUGCUGCUACCUUGAUGUGCAAAGCAUUCGUCUCUCGCUUAACAGUAAUACAGGUUCUGAAAAUGUAGUCUGGUUGCUAGGGAAUGGCUUCUUUAUGUAGCAGAGAGUGUAUACUUUAGAUGAAGUGUGGCAUGAAAUUCAGAAUUUUCAGAAACAUGAUGAUCCUUAAAAAGAUUAGAUACUAUUUUCAUAUUUUUUUAAAUGGCAUGUUGGGGAAAAUCGAAAUACACAAUACUUACCAAAGCGAAAAACAUUUUAGGAACCUGAAAGGUGUUAAAUAUACCAGAAGAAUACACUUUUAUGAAAAUUAAAAGUACCAGUAGCUUUUAUUCAGUCAGCGCUGACAAACACAAUCAUCUUACAUAGGAUGCAUAGUCAAAUGCCCAUAUGCCCACUUAUCUGGGAGUUAGCCUCAUUUAUCUUAGUUGGACUUGGGUUCCAAGGAACCACGCCUAGGAUUGGGCUACGAGUGUCUUAGAAGGUAGUAGACAAAAUUAGUUAUCCUUAAUUCAGAAUUACCGUAUUUUUUGCUCUAUAGGACACACCGGACCAUAGGAUGCACCUUGUUUUAGAGGGGGAGAACAAGAAGAAAAAAAAAUCUCCCCCUCUCUGCUCAGCGCCCCUUCAGCGAAGCCGCAGGAGAAACGGAGCCCCUUCCGUUUCUCCUCCCGCUUGGCUGAAGGGGUGCUGUGCAGCUCUCCCUCUCUGCUAAAGCCAGGAGAGUCUUGCUCUCCCGGCUUCAGCGAAAGGAACCUGAAGCCUUCGGAGCGCAGCGGGAACUCGCGCUGUGCUCCGAAGGCUUCAGGCGGCUAUCCGUCUGCGCUUUGGAUCGCUCCCUCUUCGCUUUGGAGGCUUCACGUUGCUAUCGCUGAAGCCAAGGAGCCUGCAUUCGCUCCAUAGGAUGCACGCACAUUUCCCCUUAAAUUUUGGAGGGGGAAAAGUGCAUCCUAUAGAGCGAAAAAUACGGUACUACUUCAUUUAUAUCCCACAGGAUCAUUGUCUAAAAGAGCCAUAGAUCAAGCCAUACAUCAGAGUAGUUGAUGAGAGCUGCAGCUGAAAGCAACCUGCAGCACACCGCUUUGUCAAAGGUUGCAGUGUAGUCUCAAAGCAAAACCAUCCCAUAGCUUUUGUUUGAACUACUGUAAUAAAGCUAGUUAAGUAAAUUGAUGAAAAUGCUUGUGCAUGGCUAAGGAUGCUGGGGAAAUAACACACAUACCUGUUUUCUUUUAAAAGCCUAAUAGAGGAAGGAGGAGAUUGGGACCGUCGGAACCGGCUUAAGGUCUACCAGGGUCUUUACUGCGUGGCCAUUCGAGACUUCAAGCAGGCAGCCGAGCUUUUCCUGGAUACAGUUUCAACAUUUACGUCUUAUGAACUUAUGGAUUACAAAACCUUUGUAACAUACACAGUCUAUGUCAGCAUGAUUGCUUUAGACAGGCCUGACCUUAGAGAGAAGGUAUGCCAAGCAGCUACUUCCACAGAGAACCUUCAGAGAAUGCUUUGUGUUCCUUAUUCCUUUCAUGUCUGAUUUUUGCUGGCUUUGUCUGAUUUCUUUUAGGUUAUCAAAGGGGCAGAGAUUCUGGAGGUUUUGCACAGUUUACCCAAAGUCCGGCAAUAUCUUUUUUCACUCUAUGAAUGUCGGUAUUCAGUUUUCUUCCAGUCGCUGGGUAAGGAAGUGUUUCUGCUUUUUUGCUCUGUGGGGUUUACUGGGCUGUUAAGUGGGCAGCACACAGCUUGUGGGUUACAAGUGCAGCCAGCCUACCCAGACUUGGCCCUCCCAUCUCCUAGGAUUAGACAAAAACAAAAAACGCGCAUCCACUUCCCUGUACCCACCAAGACUUGCCCUCCCCAUCUCCUAGGGUUGGCAGUCUCAAACCUUUUGGCCCAUCCUCAAUUAAAGGAGGGGCAAGAAUUAAGCUGAGAUUUCCAAGAGGUAAGUAAAGCUGAUCCACAGCUGGUUCAGGAUGUAACUGCUUCAGCAGGCAGAACAAAUGAGAAGGAAGGUGGAAUGUGUUUCAUGAGCGCAGAAGUAAAAUGCCCACAAAUAGAUUUGGUCCUCGCUACUCAACUUUAAAUAGACUAUGCGUCCCAUAUUGUCUCCUGGAUGAGAGAAGCUAGGUGUAUUCAAUCUUUCUUAAGGGGCUGGCAGAUACACAGGUCUCCCGAGAUAGGCUUAAUCUGCCCUCGCUAGUUUGCAUCAGGCGUAGCCAGCGUGAUGUCCUUCAGAUGAUGUUGAACUACAUCUUCCAUCAUCCCUGCCCACUGGCUAUGCUGUCUGGGGCUGAUGGGAGACUGAGGCGUUCAACAAUAUUCAGUGGCACAUGCUUCAUGCUGUUUAACUACUUUCCGGGGGGAAACAAAACUUUUGUGAGACGCAGACCUCAUUUUGUGUUCUUAUGUUUCCCUUUCAGCCACCGUAGAGCAAGAGAUGAAGAAAGAUUGGCUGUUUGCGCCCCACUAUCGCUAUUACGUUCGGGAAAUGAGAAUCCAUGCCUACAGCCAGCUCCUAGAAUCCUAUAGGUCGCUUACAUUAGGUUACAUGGCAGAUGCUUUUGGAGUCUGUGUAGAGUUCAUAGAUCAGUAAGUAUAUCUAUAUCUCUCUUUAUAUUUUAAAUGCAUUUCUACAGUUUAUAGUGAUUCCCGUCUAGAUAAGGGGAUAGGUCAUUUGAUGGUACCUUUGUUAAAAAAAACUAUGUGAGGAAGAACCAUUGAUUACAAGAUUUACAGAGGUUGGGUAAGGCAAGAAUCACAGAAUUGUAGAGUUGGAAGGGACCCCGAGGGUCAUAGAGUCAAACCUCCGCAUAUCAUCUGAGCAGAGGAGCCUUGGGGGUGCUUGUGGCAGCUGCACACUGUACGGACUCCACCCUUCAGUUUUGGAACAGGAAGACUGGAAGUCUUCCUGAGGCUUUUAUAACCCAACAUCAACUAUACGUGAUAUGCUGGAUGGGUGUGUGAAUAUGGCUGUGCUGCAGCUGGUGCAGGGUGGUUUGGUGCGCCUCCUGCUGACGGAGGGAGGCAAGAGCUUGUACAGCUAAUGCUCAGCAGCUACACACUUGCUUCUUCUGGGCCCAGUUGAAGAUGCUGGUGCUGUAUUUGAAGCCCUUUAUGGGCUGGGACCACCACUCCCUGCGAUUAUCAAAUCUGGGCCUGCUGUGCAUCCUUGAUGUGCUAUAAAAUCCUGCUAGGAAGGCUCUGUAGAUUACAGGAAUGCUGCUGCAGCAUCUUAUUUGAUUAUGCCAUUGCAUACUGCACUAGAAAUGCUAGCCCAUGUGUUACACAGGUGUGAGCUGCAAGAGCGGAAGCGUCCGAGUUGCACUGCAGCAGCCACUAAGCAGUCCUAGCCCCAUUGUGGUUUGCUAAUUGCAGUUCUUUAGUUUGAUAGCUGUAAACAGAGCAGAAUUAUGCUGGUAGAAGCACUUUCCAACAUCUUUCAAGAAGCGAUUGCUUGCAUCAAGCUAGCAUGGCUGUAGGCCACAAUGUUAGGCUUGUACCUCAGGGUAACCUUCCUUUUACCCCUGAGGCAAGGCCCCAAACUGGAGCAAAAAAUGCCAGUCUUGCAUCCUCCACCAUGAAAUUUCAGGUGCUUUGCAACAGAUACAGAUGGUGGUGUCCUAAGCGCGUUCUCUUUCUCUCCAGGGAAUUGUCAAGAUUUAUCGCUGCUGGGCGACUACACUGCAAAAUAGACAAAGUCAACGAAAUAGUAGAAACUAACAGGUACAGUAUGUUGGACACCACACCCACUAAUACAAAAAAACUAGUAGUGACAUCAGGCUUAACAUUAAGGACUUUGCAGCCUUUUAAUUGCUUCCCAACCAAACGUAUUGCAUACGUUUUACAGAUGGAGAGGUAGUAGCUUGCCCAAAGCCAGGUGAGAUAAGCUCUGCUCACCCAACUCAGAAUACUCUUUCCGCUGGAACAAUAUCUUUAUUAGAGAUAGAACAGUGUGUUUCCAAACUUUCUACCUUCUGUCAUCAACUCAUCUGCCAUGGAUGCACUCUCAGCAAAUGGGGUGGGGCAGUACUGGCCAGGCUUGUUGCCCAGCUGAGCUAAAUAUUACUGAAAACACACCCAUGCUCUCCUGUACCUGUGUGUUCCAGGGAAGGAUUAGUAGUGAUGAACAAGCUGCCUUUCAGGAAACUUGUGCCUGCCAUUACUGCUUUGCUCAUAAUGAGCUUCCUGUUCAGUAUUUUGAGGAACUCUUUAAACCGUUUUUGGGAGCUGUUUGAUAAGUCAUUGCUAGAGAACCACCUGACUAAAUUCUCUCUCUCUCUCUGUCUCUUUAGGCCCGACAGCAAGAACUGGCAGUAUCAAGAAACCAUUAAAAAAGGAGACUUGCUGCUAAACAGAGUGCAGAAGCUUUCUAGAGUAAUCAAUAUGUAACUUUUAAAAAAGCAAAAGGGGGAGUGCGUAAUUGAGACUGAAGCAUUUUGGAAGUCAUCGUUGUAUGGUAUUACUUCUGCUAUCGCUGAGGAAAUUGGAACCAUGGUGUAGUUAAGGGGUUUUUUUUAUAGGCUACUUCCAUACGUUAACAAAACUGUAUAAAUGUUCUGUUUGUGUUUUCAGAUCAAUUUCAUUUAUUAAAUGUAUAAUACAGAUGAUUGUCCUGUUCCUUGAGUGGGCUUAAAGGUAAAAGUAAAGGGACCAUUAGGUCCAGUCGUGACUGACUCUGGGGUUGCGGCGCUCAUCUCGCUUUACUGGCCAAGGGAGCCAGCGUACAGCUCCGGGUCAUGUGGCCAGCAUGACUAAGCCGCUUCUGGUGAACCAGAGCAGCACACGGAAACGCUGUUUACUUUCCCGCUGGAGUGGUACCUAUUUAUCUACUUGUACUUUGACGUGCUUUCAAACUGCUAGGUUGGCAGGAGCAGGGACCGAGCAACAGGAGCUCACCCCGUCGCGGGCAUUCGAACUGCCGACCUUCUGAUCGGCAAGUCCUAGGUUCUGUGGUUUAACCCACAGCGCCACCCGCGUCCCUUGAGUGGGCUUAAUUUGGUUAAUAAACUUGGUUUAUUUUAAAGCAGCAGGGAUCCUGCUUGAGAUGCCCAGAGUGGGGCCACUCAUGUUCCUGCUGCCCAAUUGAGCUGAACCAGGAGCAUGGUGGGAGGUUUAAAGCUCCCCCCUCGCCAUUCUUGUAGCAGACAGUAUACUCCUGGAGUGUGGCUGAGACUGACCAAGAACCAGGUGAGGGUUGCUCACUUGCAAGUCAAAGCUUAGUGCUAGGGUUUGUCCCAAAAGACUGAGUUACUGGUGGCCUGUUCCCUGUGGGAGAGCAUAUAUUAAGUUAAUUGACAUUCCCCCUCCCCUCUUUUGACCUAAUGUUCAAAACCAAUAAAUCUAUCCAACACAGCUGGCCAGCUCCCCACACACAGGUAAAUGUGCUGCUUAGAUAAAUUGCUGCCAUGCAAAAUUAUGUGAUGCUAAGCUUCUGUGUGAGAUUUUAGUGUCUGCUUGGAUAGGGAGAGUUGGGUUGGGGGCUGCAGCAGCAACCUAUUGAGAGAUGAAAUGGGAUCAUAAAUACUGGAUUGCUCAAGCAGGGGAACAGAAAGCAAUUAGAGCAUCAUUAGGCCACUGAAGAUAAGAGACAAUAUUGAAAAGCAGGCUUCUAGAAGGUACAUUAAGUGUGGAGAAACUACUCAGUUAAACAGUACAUCUAGCAUGAGGCAUCCAAGGAAUGUCUCAAGGCAAAUCUAAAAAAAAUGUAGUAUAAACACUGACAACUGGGAAACACUGGCCUGCGAGCGCUCCAGUUGGAGAAGAGCCUUUAUCAAAGGUGUCAUGGGCUUUGAAGACACCGGAAGCAAGGGAGAAACGUGCUAGGAGGAAGGCACGCUUGGCAAAUCCACACCGUGAUCAACUCCCGCCCAGAAACCAAUGUCCCCACUGUGGAAGGACGUGUCGAUCCAGAAUUGGACUCCACGGUCACUUACGGACCCAUUGUUAAAACCGUGUUUAGAGAAGACAAUCUUACUCGGCUACGAGUGAUCGUCAAAGAAGAUCACUGCCAGUUUUUUUAUGCUGUGAGUAGAUCGCAGUCUCUUGCAAGUUGGAUGUGCCUAGUAUAAAACAAUUGCCAGUGGGAGAAGGGAUCUCUUUUACUUGAUGGAAAACCAGAAAAUGUGUUGAUGCUCCCAAUUGCUCUUGACUGCCUCUAAAACGUGAGAUGGCAGAAAUGAAUUGGGCAACCACUUCCCUUGAUGGACUUUGAGGGGAGGCAGUGUCAGUGAGAUAAUCUCUCUUUCUGCAUAGGCCAUAAUCUGGUUUAGUGAACCCAGCGAGAGGGGCGGUAGCAUUCACUCACCUUAUGCCACGGCCCUGGGUAUUCCAAAUACUUGUUUACCCCACUGUUUCAGCACUGAUUGAUGUAGGAACAGAAACUGGACACACUCAAAGUAAGGGAGACUGGAGAGACUCAUAAUCUGAACUUGCAGUGUAGGCAAAUCACUGUCCAUAUCAAAGCUGUGUCCCUUUCUUCCUGUUCUUUAAAAAGUUUGCCUCAAAAACAGUAGCAAAUGAACACUAAGCCAGCUUUGCUGCCAUCCACCUGACAUACAUGGGUUGGGGUUCUUGGUUUCCUUCCACUACGACUAAUUUUUGCCGGUCUUCGUAAUGAAGCAGAAACAUAAUUGUGCAUCUCAUAAAGACAACCUAAUCAAUUUUAUUGCCUUGUUUCAGUAACAUCUUGUUUAUACAACAAGCUAAUUUCCUGGUCAUGAAGCAAAAGCACAACUUUUUUCUUAUAAAUAGUAUAAAUUAUUUUAUUUACAGAAACUUGUUACAAAACAAAUAGACUAUAUAUUUAUUUUCUUCUUUUAAAUAUCCAAAGUAAUUUUUUUUCUACCCCAUGACAUUUGUUCAUGUACUAUACAGCAGCCAACACAAAAAAGUUCAGCUCUGAGCAGAUGCUCUUGAAUAUGUAUACAAAUUAUCAAACUAUUCACACAUUUUACACAGGAGAUUGCUUUUUCCCCCUUUCUAUGGAGCCGGGCUCAACUCCAAAAGCAAGAAGCUUCCGCAGCCUACAUUCUUAUUGACAUUAUGUAGUGCUCAUUAAAAAAUAACAAUAAUCACCUUUCAUAAAAAGUAGGAUAUUUUGCACAAAAGCAUUUAAAAUAAACGACCUUCUGCUUAAGGAAAGCAGAACAAUCUUUUCAAGCCCAAUCCCCUUCACCGUACAAUUCCCCCCUUCCCAAAAAGACAAAACAGAAACAAACAUCCUUGGCAAUAACAACUCUUGCCGGAAGACGACUUACCGGAAGAUGAUAGGUCGAAACCACACUAUGUGAACCGCUCUCAUUCAAACCUCACUGGAACGAAGAGGGAGUUACGCACUUGCUAAAUCCCAUUCAUUUCAGUGAGGCUUGUGCAGAGGAUAGCCUGGCGGCGGCUUGUGUUGGUAGUUUGUAAAAUUGCUUUGAGAGGUAACUUUUUUCCCAAUAAUACAAAAUAAUGUCAACAUUCUGUUGUUGUUUUGUUUCGUUUUUAAGUUCUAGCUUGAUAGCAACAGAAGAAAACAUUCAGAUUUACUUGUUGAAAAGUAUCUCCAGAACCCUUGGCAUUAUUUAUGAACUAGGGACUCGCUUCAAUCGGAUCUUUUGAUUUUGUUUUAUCCCGCCCCUUCCGCCAUCCUCUCUCCCGCGUUAAUAUGUAGUCAUAUGUAGGUGGGGAAAGCAAGCUCCAAUUCUUUUUUCCAACAGAACAUUCAAGUCUUUAAAGGAGAAGCUGUCUAAAAAACAGUCCAAGCUUAAAAUCUAGAUAUAUAAAUCAGGCACUUUCAGUUUUUCCAUUAGUUUUUUAAACCACGUAAAGACUCACAUACAUGUGCACACAUACACAAAUGCU